AUGGGCUCUUGGGGUAUGCCAUAUCGCAUCGAGGGGGGGGAGCGCGACCCGAAUUACUUCUCAUGGCAGGACAACGAAGGCGGUGCCACGGAUGACACCAAUGAUCUCUUUGGGCAAUAUGUCGACCUGGACAACCUGGAUAUGCAAGGCCUCUCAUUCAUUACGACAUCUACGGAGCCCUUCGCCUUGACCUCAACCGUCCCAAGGAACACUGCCGACCCGUUUCUGAUAGAUCAACCUCCUGAGAGCAUAGACUCAUCGACAACAGAUGAACUGGAUUUUCUCUCCAAUAGCUCUCAGGUAGGACCUCCUGCCUCCGUAACUCACAAUGUCAAGUCAUGUAACUUUGCUGCGGCUGAGAGUGAGUUGCCAGAGGAAACUGGUCAUGAACUUGUCGGUCGCAACUCCAUGUCUGACACGGAGCUACCUCGACUCGAAGGUAUAUCUCUCAGUUCCCCGACGAAGAAGAAUGCGAAUACGUCGGCCUCUCAGCCGCCGUCGCCAACACCUCCCAGGACCGUCAAUCGGAAACCAAAUAGUUUUAUCCAAGCCGUCGGCGCAACUCUGCGUAAAGCCACGAACCGAGUCAAGAACAGGAAGCCACUGCCAGACAGGCCAGGAUCUCCUACGUUCGAAAUGCAAAUCAAUGCCCCCAGGACUAGACCUCGCCAAGUUGACCUCGCAGUCAAAACAGCGUCAAUCUCACCCCCCAUCCGCCAAGGAGUUCCAGACAGCUUCAUCCAUGGGUCUUGUGAUGAUCCGUUCGCUGACAUGCCCUCCAUGCCACCACAGUCGAAUAUGCGAUACUUAUACCAAGAGAGUGUCAGUCCGACAACAAUCGACCCCCCAUCCAUUGACGGGGACGGCACACCAUACCACUUAAGCAAUGCUAGGUCGGCCGACUCCUCUUGGGAUCAUCAUCAACAGCAUCACUCUGGAUCAAUUUCAUCCAUAAAUGGGCAACAGUGGAAUGAUGGCGGGAUGAUGGUAGACCCUUCCACGAAUUGGUGGGAUUACACCGGUCUUCAGGAUUCCCAAAACAUGCAUCAAAAGAAUGCCGAAAUGAACUUUGCUGUGCACGCUCAGCAAGCUGAGCUCCCAUAUAAGUACGCAUCUCUUCCUGACACAAGCACUUCGGGUCUCAUGAUACAAAUGCCACAAACACGCCCACCCCAAAACUCGGUUGGCGAACUCAAAAUGACUGCGCAAACACACCUGCCCCCUCCGCCCCCAAUUCCUGCUACCGAACGCCCGCACCGGCCACCUCGCGCACCAUCAUCUGGUGCCCGGUACGCUUCAUCAUCUAGGGCGCGGCAUCCCUCCUGCUCACCCGUCCGCAAGGCUCGAGCUCCUUCAGCCUCACCAACUCGCACGCCUGUUCACCCGCAGAGCCGGCAUAGCUCCGGGGGCUCUAUUUCCUCUGUGCGGAGUGCAUCCUGCCGCUUGCCAGCCAGUAUGCCUGGAACUCCAUGCAGCGUGCGCAAGAGACGCUCUCGAGAACCCAGCGGAAGUGGGGAGAUUGGAUUUGUCAACUUCACGCCAAAUGAUGGAACAGUGCUGAUGACAGGUGUUGCACCCAGUGGGAGCUCCAAGACAAAAGCAAGGCGUGAGAAAGAAGCCCUAGAACGCCGGAGGAAACUGAGCGAAGCUGCUAUCAAGGCCGUUGCCGCAGCCGGAGGGGAUGUAGAGCGACUCAUGCAACAGGGUUUUGCAAUUUAA